CUCUGCAAGGCUUUCCCAGCUUGGACGCAGAGCAGCCCGACUACCGACUUGGGACCGGAAGAAUGACGCGUUUGCAACAAGCUGAAGAAGAAGGAAAGAUGGGAGAGAUCAGCGUCCUGGCCAGUAUGAAGGAGAUGAUCGACCGCCUGGGAAAGGCAGUGGGACAGCAGGCGGUGAGUCUCCCGGAGGCCAAGCUGCUGCUGAAGGAGGACGACGAGCUCAUAAAGGAGGUUUUCGACUACUGGAGCCGCAAGAGGAAAACCAGCCGAGCAAACUGCCUCAUCCCAAACUGCAAGCAGGAGAGACGGGACGGCUCCAGCACCAGCGACCCCUACGUGGCCUUCAGGCGGCGCACAGAGAAGAUGCAAACCAGGAAGGUCGGUAGUCUUAAACUCAGCGUUUUAUCGGCACUUUGUUUGUGGCUCUGGUCUUGGUAGUUGUUCAAACUGGAUCUCUCUUUGUUGAAUGCUUUUUGCUUAAAGUUAGAAACAAUUGAAGUGGUUGAGAAAUGAAACAAAAGUGGAAGAAAAGUCCAGCGACCGCCUUUUGAGUUUGGAAAUUAAAUAAAAGUCAUAGCUACUCUUUUUUUUUUUUUACUUCAUAUCAGAUCUCAUGCUGUUAGACUUUUAAGUUUAAGGAAAAAAUUACACUGACAAUGUUAUCUGUUUAACAUGCUAAUAAAUAAGUAAGUAAAGACAUGAGAGAAAACGCAGUGAGCUGGAUGGAAACAGACGAAGUGGAUUUAGAAAGUGGGAAAAAAAGCAGUGGAUUUAAAAUAAUUUUAUACAGGAUUCAUCCCUGUGCUCAUGGCCGUAUCUACCAUUGAGGUCACCGAGGUCAGGACCUCGGUAAUAUUUUUCGAGCUGUGUAUACAAAACUUGUGAAAUAAUUGCACUGAAUGGGGUUCUUUGUAGUACUUCCAUUUACUGCCGAGGGGGGGCUGCAUAACUGCGUAGCCUCGAUUAAAGCAAACGGAAGAAGACGACAUGUAUCAACAA